GGCAAGCGGCAGGGGCGGGACUCGGGGACCAGGAAAUGGUGUCAGGGCUGUAAACAGGCACAUGGAGGGGCUGUUAAAGCAGGUUGAAUUUUCCUCCCUCUCCUCCACUAUGUUUCAUUGAGGCUGGAAGGUGUGACUAUGAGAGCCAAUGUCUGGUCGUGUCACUGACCUGCAGGCUCUGCAGAGCCACCUCCAGGCCAUGGAGCAAGGGAUGGGAGAUGGCAAGCAGCUGGACGAUCACCCACUGUACCAACUGCCUGAGCCUGGGCUGGAAGGUGCUGUUCUCUGCAGCCCUGACUUCCAGCAGCCCCAGGAGCUGGAGCUCCAGGAGUCCCGAGGACACGCCCCCCCAGAAUGUACCAGCACCCAACCUCAUGGAGCCCUGAGCAGCCUUGGGAGGCCCAGCCACUCUCUGCUGUGUGUGGAAGAGGAGAUCAAGAACCGGAAAAGACCCAGGCUCUCCAACGGACCCCAGGCCAGUCCCAGCCUUGUCUCUCACUUCCCUCGUGCGCUGAGCGGGCCACAGCCCCAGGGCCCGUCCCCCUUUGGACAUGUCCUUCAGAGCAAUAGCCUGGAUCUCCACAGGAGACGUCCCCAGGACGGGCUGCCACACACCAGGACUUUGGACAAUCCCAGAGCUGCGCAUUCUGGGGCCUCAGUGCUCUACAGGCCCAGCACAGAGCAGCUGGAGUCUCCAUCCCUGAAUAACGGACUCGAGGACGGCUGCCCAUGGAGUAGCCGAGUUCCCUCAGGAGGCAGCAGCAUUAGCAACCGAGUGAGCAAGGUGACAGGUCUAUAUGCUGAGCUGGUCAAGGAGCUGGAGCUGCAGAUGUCCGAGCUGCGGAAUCUCCUCGCCUCUCGGGAAGAGGCCGCCAUGUGGCAGGAGAGGAGGAUCAAGGAGCUGGAGCUGGAGAAUCAGCAGCUGAAGAGCCAGCUCCGGAACCUAGAGGAGCAGAACGACCUCCUCUCCAGCAGGAACGGGGCAGGGGCAUCGGUGGGCAGGACGGUGCUGGGGUCCGGAACCAGCGGUGUUGACAUCAACAAGAGCAACAUCCAGUUCCUGAAAGGCCUGGUGGGUCUGCUGGAGAGCAACGCAGCAUUGCAGGCCAAUGGUCUCCAGCCAUUCACCUCUCUCACGGUGGGGGAGCAGAGGUGCACCCCAGCUGAAGUCCCAAAAAGCCCCCCGGUCUGGAGGACGCGAGCUGGGGUCCCAAGCGGCUUCCCACCCUGGCUGAGCACAGAGGACGGCUCGGGGAGCCCCGUCACGCUCAGCGAAGCCACCUGCUUAUGGGAGGAGAACAUACAAGAUACGCUGCCCGAUGGCACCCCGGUGUGGGCGUCACCCGUGGAGGAGAAUGGGAGGCCCAAGCUGGAGCUUAUUCCCAACUCGGGGGUCUACAUCACCCACCACCAGCUGGACGACCUCUCGCAGGUUUCCACCGACAAGCCCAAGCUGAUGACCAGGCGCCUGCUGGAUUACUUCUUCUCCCGGGAGACGCUCGCCAGGUCUUCGGCCACUGGCCAGCGCAUCGCCCACAACAACACGACCAUGGAGAAACCCAUCCGCCUGCCGGUUGCAGUGGUAAAUGCUAUCAAAGAGUACGUCACCAAAGUGUGCGGCAAGAGCUGCAACUUCAACGCCGUGAUCAACAGCAAGUGUGGCACCUCUCGAAGGGCGGUCAAGAAAAUGAUCAUCAAGAUGGAGUAGACGGUGCCUGGGCCAGAGCCUCCCAAACGUCCAACAGCGAACCAGCUCUGAAAACGUUCCUCAGAGGAUCCGUGUCGCCCCCACUCCAACAGACGCUGGGGUGCUGGUGGCCCAGGUCCCCUCCCACACAGCUACCCUGAGGGUGAGCGCGGUGGAGAUAAUGCGCCCCUCCUGGCAGACUUUACGGGGGCAGCAGUGGUGCAGCUUGAGCUCUCGUGCACUUAGUACGUGCCCUGCGGGGCCUGAAGCACCUGCUGUGUAGCCAUCCUGGGGCAGUCAGUCCUAGCAUGCAGACCUCAGUGCGUGCAUUCCUGGGGAGGGGUCACUGGGGGAGAAGAGAGCUGGCAGGUGCAUUCUGCCGCCAUAGUUCUGACGUUCCGUUCUAACGAGUCCCUGAGGAGGGAGGACUGAUCCCACAGGGGAUGCCGCACUCACCCAUGGGAAAUCUUUGUCCUCUUUCAAAACUUGUCAGCUCCAUUCUGGAAUCCCAGCUCUGCGACGCUGAACAUUAACCCUGCAGCCCUCUCCCCUGCCUCUGGGCAAGCGCUUCUCCCAGCGCAUCAGACUGGAAGAGGGAUAGUGCCGGCAGUGCAAUGGGGCCCAAGCUGCAGUCACGGCACUGGACACUCUGGCAAGAGCAAGGGAACUUCUGCUUUGAAACAGUUCUUACCAGACUGUUUACCAGCUGAGCCUGUAGAUAAACCCAGAGCCUUAAGUCUUUGGAGUUGGAGGGGGGCGGGAUUCAGUCUCCCUCCCAUCCAGCAAGGUCUGCUCUCAUGCGAAGACUCAUGGCGUGGCUCAACUGACAAUUUCUCUGCUCGCUGUAGGUGUAAGAAUUUAACUGGGGGCAGGACAUUUUCCCUUCCCCCCGUAAAGAAAGUUCCCAUAAAUACUCUAUUUCUUGUAAAUAAAAUAAUCCUUCCUCUCUUCCUGACUUCCCUAAUAAAGGCUGGAAUGUAACAGUG